GAAUAAUAACAAUGGGGUGGAAGAUCUCAUUCAUUUGUCUUGUCAUCUUGCUCAUCCUACCAAGGUUCAUUUUUGGUCGACCUAUCAUCAACCAAGAAGCCUUAGAGGUGGUUUCUGAUGGAGUGCAAGAUCAAAAGGAAUCAACUAAUCUUAUAUAUCUGAAGCAGAAGUUGGUUUCAGCGGAUACCUGCACAGAACCAUAUGGGUUUCUUCCAUGCACCAACACUGUUCUUGGCAACGUGUUUCUGGUUCUUGUCUAUAGCUACUUGAUGUUUAUGGUAGCCAAGUUAAUGUCAUGUGGCAGUGAGGUUUUGCUACAGAUUCUUGGGCCUGGUCUUGUCGGUGGUCUCUUCCUUCCUGUCUUGAGCUCACUUCCUGAUGCAGCUAUCAUUCUUGCAUCUGGGCUAUCCGGAAGCAAAGAAACUGCUCAAACUCAAGUCUCUGUUGGGAUGGGCUUAUUAGCUGGAUCAACUGUAAUGCUUCUGACUUUACUAUGGGGCUCUUGUCUUAUUGUCGGAAAGUGUGACAUUGAAAACUCAGUGGCAAUAGAUCGGAAAGACACUAAAGCCUUUAGCUUAACUGGAUCUGGGGUAAGCACCGAUAUUUGGACCAGGUAUGGUGCAAGGAUUAUGAUUGCAUCUACUAUUCCAUUCCUCAUUGUCCAAUUGCCUCAAGUUCUGCAUUCAACAUCUUCAAGUCGAACAGCGAUUCUACUCUCAUUCGUUGUUUCUGUUUCCUUGUUGAUUGUUUAUAGCCUUUAUCAGGUUUUUCAACCAUGGAUUCAAAGAAGAAGGCUUGCAUUUGUUAAACAUAAGAAUUUAAUGUCAGGCCUUCUAGAACAUCUAAAAUCACAAGUUGGAGGAGGAAGAUUCCUUAAAGACAAUGGUGAACCUAACACCGGGGUUAUACAAAAGGUAUUUGAGAGACUUGAUGAGAAUUCAGAUGGAUACAUAACAGCAAAAGAUUUAAGAGCUCUGAUUAUAGGUAUGCGCCUUGAGGAAACAAAUAUGGAGUUAGACGAAGCUGCGGAAGAAAUCAUGUUGGAUUUUGACAAGUCUCAUGACUCAAGAAUUGACAUAGAAGAGUUUGUCAGAGGAAUUACAAGAUGGCUUCAGAAAGUGAAGCACUCUGCAAGAAAGGAUGAGAUGAGUCCCUUAACACCUAAGCUCUUAAACAAUUUUCAUCAAAAAACAAUUGAAGAACAAGAUAUGUUACUGGGUUGUCAAAGUGAUGAGACCAUGGGAAAUAUGAAAAAUCCGGGGUGGAACACCUUGAAAGCAGUGCUGAUGCUGCUUCUGGGAACUGUAAUUGCUGCUGUGUUUGCUGAUCCCCUUGUAGAUGCAGUGGACAACUUCUCAACAGCCACAAGCAUCCCUUCAUUUUUUGUGUCAUUUCUCAUCCUCCCUUUUGCUAGCUCCAGUGAAAUUGUCUCUGGUCUUAUCUUUGCAAGCCGAAAAAAGAUUAGAACAGCAUCACUUGCAUACUCUGAGAUAUAUGGGUCAGUGACAAUGAGCAACAUGCUUUCCCUAUCAGUAUUCUUGGGUCUGGUUUACAUUCGUGGCUUGACAUGGAAUUUCUCAUCUGAGGUGCUCAUCAUUCUAAUUGUCUGCACUACAAUGGGUCUCAUUGCCAGCUUUCGCACCACCUUCCCUCUUUGGAUGAGUUUUGUAGCAUUGGCUCUUUAUCCCUUCUCUCUAUUACUAAUAUAUAUUCUUGAUUAUGCUGUUGGAUUGGCUUAAACACUGUCAUUGUAUCCUCCAUUUUGCUUCUUACGCAUAGCCUCAGGCUGUAAUCGUGUAAAGAAGUUCUGAGGAGAUCAUUCAGAAAGUUUUGUUUAUUUUA